AUGAGACCUGAACUCCUGCAGAGAACACACAAGUCACACCUCGGCUACGAUUCAAUGUGCAGGCGAGUGAAGGACACGAUAUUCUGGCCGGGAAUCCGAAACGACAUCAAAAACAUGGCGAUGAUAUGCGAAGCUUGUCAGGUCUACAGGAACAAACAAAGAGCGGAGCCCCUCGUUGGGAAACCCAUCCCGACAAGACCGUGGCAAGUCAUACAUCAAGACCUCUUCUCAUGGAGAGACUGUCAGUAUCUGGUAACCAUUGACAGUUUCUCUGACUUCUUCGAAAUAGACCGUCUCGGCCGCGACACAACAACAAAGAGCAUCAUAGAGAAAACGGCAGCACACCUAUCCCGCUACGGCAGACCAUCUGAAAUCCAUACGGACUCGGAUCCUCGUUAUCUAGCAAACGAAUUUCAAGAAUUCCUGAAAUCUUGGCGCAUCAAACACAUAACCAGCUCGCCACAUUACCACCAGUCCAACGGGAAAAGCGAGAGCGCUGUCAAAGCAGCGAAACGCAUUAUAAAGAAAACUCAGCUCAAUCGAGAAAAUCUCCAAGAAGCCCUGCUUGAGUGGCGAUCCACACCACAAGUUGAUGGCCAAUCACCGGCGCAGAAGUUCUUCAGCCGGACUCUAGCGACCUUGAUGCCGAUGAGAGAGGAGAACCUGCGACCGACGAACUCCGAUCUAAUACAGAAACAGAUCACCGCAAGACGGGACAAACAGAAGAGGACUCACGACAAAUCGGCGAAAGAUCUACAACCCAUAGCAGUCGGCCAAAAAGUCCGCAUACAACCCACGGACUAUACACACGAAUGGAAACUCGGAACGUGUCUCCAACAGUUGAGACCACGCACAUAUCUCAUCAAGACACCAGAGGGGGGCUCUCUUAUCCGCAACAGGAGACUUUAG